GCGAGAAACCUACUAAACGGUAACUGCAGAAUUUGAAGGAUAAAAUAGCGAAGGUCUUUAAUUGCUAUCUAAAUAUUAAAAUAUAAAGUAAAGGAAUAUGUUCAAACUUUUGGUCUGUAUUCUAAGCGCAAUCCUGGCUGCAGCGCACGCUGGUCGCCUGCCGUCUAGCAAUCUCAUUGAAAGUCGCGCUGAUCGCUCUUUGGCAAACUUUUUACUCACACGACAGCCACGCGCCGUAACGCAAACAUCCCUGACAUGUUUCCCCAUUUACUUGCCAGUACUAGAUGAAAUAGCAAAUCAGUGGUCCAGGGAAUACGAAAGUUGUUUGACGACCGCUGAAAGUAAUCGUACUGAUAUUCUAGAGAAAGCAAGUGCCCAACAGAAGGAUAUCUCAACCUCGGCAGCAGGCGUUUGUAAUCAUGUGCAAAUCUGUGAUUCAGUCAACGACACACUGGGCGGUCUCGACUGUUUCGGCUACUUGUCCACCAACACAUUAUCCACCAUUUAUACUGUAUCCAACAAUGCAUCAGAAACUGCAGCUAUCGUACGUGAGCAAAUCAAUAUUAUCGAUAUAAAUUCAGAGAGAUGCUGCAAUGCCAGCGAUCGUAAUUAUGUCGAAAGUUCGGCAGAAGUUUACGACGCACUCGAAUUUUGCUUGAAAUAUGGACCACCAGAAGUAGUCGUCCCACCUAGCAGCACUGCCAGUCCACAAGCACUAAAUGAAUCCAGGAAUGUUCAACUUAUUGCUGCACCACGACGAACACCUACUUCGAGCGUAUUGACUAAAGAGUCACAGGGAGACGGCUCAAAUCCUGCUCCAAGAAGCCGUUUUGCAUCGUUAGUCAACAAUUGGUUACAUCAAAGUGAAGAUCAGGCUAAUGUGUGAAAAGAUAAAUGAAAUAAAUUAAGUGCACUAUACUUUGGAGUGAACAAAGCGCACAAGCAAAAAAAAAAGAAACUUGUAAAUAAUUCAAUAAGUAUACAUAUCUAUAAUAUAUUAUAUAAAUACACGCAAA